AUGGGCGGCACAUUGGACUCUUUCCUUUCUUAUCUUCGCGUUCCUUUGAUUGCCUCCUCGGGCAUUGCUGCUUUGCUCAGCGGAGUCCUUUACUUCAAGCAAAACGAAAUCAUCUAUGCAAGGAACUUUCCGCCCGAUGCGCGAACCAAUGUACCCCGCCCUGCACAAUUUGGCAUACCCGACUUCGAAGAGCUCUUCAUUCCUACACCUGAUGGGGAAUCGCUGAGCGCCUUCUACAUACGCGCAAACAGGGCCCAGUCACGCAAUGUAACGAUACUGAUGUUUCACGGCAAUGCUGGCAACAUUGGCUAUCGCCUACCCAUAGCUAAAGUGCUAGCGGAGGAGCUGGGCUGCAACGUCUUCAUGCUGCAGUACCGAGGCUACGGACUCUCUACGGGAACACCAAACGAAAAAGGCAUUAAUGUUGACGCACAAACGGGUCUGGACUACAUUAGAAACCGCCAUGAGCUGCGCAGCACACGCAUCGUGCUCUACGGGCAAAGCUUAGGAGGUGCGGUCUCGAUUGGCCUAGCUGCUCGGAACCAAAAGCAGGGCGACAUUGCUGGUGUAAUUCUAGAGAACACCUUCACCUCGAUGCGCAAGAUGAUUCCUUCAGCUCUGCCACCCGCAAAAUACCUUGCGCCGUUUUGCCAUCAGGUAUGGCCCAGCGAGGAUAUGCUGCCGCAGGUUAAGGGCGUUCCCAUGCUAUUCUUGAGUGGGCUGCGAGACGAGAUUGUGCCUCCAUCGCACAUGAGUAAGCUAUACCAGGUCUGUCGAUCGACACCGAAAGUAUGGCGGGAACUACCGAACGGCACACAUAACGACUCUGUUUCCGAACCUGGGUACUUUGCCUAUAUCGACGAUUUCCUCUCUGAGCAUGUCUGCAAAUGA